AUGAGGCAAAUAUGUACACUUUUUACCGGCCAAGCUGGCGUCCAAAUGGCUAGUGCUGUAUGGGAGUUACUUUGCUUGGAACAUGGCGUCUCCCGACGUGGUUUCAUUGACUACGAACCCACUUUACAGGAGCACAGUGAACUUGGCUCCGUUUUCGAAGAGGUCCCCGAUCAGGAAAGAUAUGUCCCACGUACUGUUAUUGCCGACCUUGAACCAUCGGUGCUUGAUGAAGUGCGACAGGGAAUUUACCGCGAGCUCUUCGAUCCUGACUGUCUUCAUUCAUAUAUGGAGGAUGCGUCGGGUAACUUUGCCCGAGGCUACUACACUCUAGGAGGUAAGAUGGUUGGAAGUCUAACAAACUCCAUUCGAAAACUAACGGAGAAAUGUGACAACUUCGAUGGUAUCAUGACCUUUUCCGCUUUGGGUGGCGGUACAGGUAGCGGUCUGCUAUCCUUGUUCCACGAGCGAGCAUCCAUUGAAUUUGCAGGUGAACGCAUGGUACAGUUCAGUAUUGUUCCAUCUCAUAAGAUGGCUGUUGGGCCGAUAGAGAUCUACAACUGUGUUCAUUAUCUUAAUCACUCAGCCGACUUCUGUGACCUCAAUAUACUAUUGGACAAUGCAGCUCUAUUUGAUAUUUGUACUAAGGAGUUGCAGGUUAUCAGGCCGACAUAUACAACUAUAAAUCGAGUCAUUGCUCCAAUUGUUGCAGGAAUGACGGCUACUAUGCGAUUUAGAUGUAAUCUCAACGGAUCUUUUGCAGAAUACCUAACUAACCUAGUUCCAUUCCCCUCGAUUCACUACCCCCUAGUCACAUUUGUACCGUUUUGUACCAAUAUGGCAGCUGAAAGAAGUAGGUACGUUCUAAAUUAA